AUGGAGAAAACACUUCAAAUCACUUCUACUCCAUCAGACGGUGAAAUUCCUGAUACUGACAUCGAGAAAGUGAUUUCAAGAAACCCUCACCUGGAUGUAGAACCUGGCCAAGUAUCUAAUCUGAAAGAUGCACACAUCAAAGGAGUCGACAAAGCAUACGCUUACGCCAGUGUCGACAUCAUUUCCAUCGACGAGAAAACAAACAAACACCUGUUCCGCAAAAUCGAUACGCACGUUCUCCCUUGGCUCUUAGGACUCUACGUCCUGCAAUUUCUCGACAAAGGAAUAUUGAGCUACGCAGGAGUAAUGGGCCUACAAAAAGAUACUAACCUCACCUCCGCGCAAUACACCUGGCUCGGCUCAAUCUACUACGCUGGAUACAUGCCCGCGGUACCCAUCCACAACCGCCUUUUCCAGAUCUUCCCACCCGCCAAGUACAUCGCCUGCUGCGUUAUCAUCUGGGGCGUCGUCCUGGCUUGCAUGUCUGCCUGCCAUAAUUUCACUGCGCUCAUGAUCCAACGCACCGCGCUCGGGAUACUUGAAGCUUCUAUCAAUUGCGGAUUCUCGAUGAUCACCGCAGCGUGGUAUAAGAAAUAUGAACAUGGGACAAGAGUGGGGAUUUGGUCGAGUAUGACGGGCGUGGCGACUAUUGUUGGGGGGAUUAUCGCUUAUGGGUGUGUGUUGGGAGAGGAGAAGCAUGGAAGUGGGGGAUUCUCGAGUUGGAAGAUUUUAAGUUUGGUGACGGGGUUGAUUUCGGUGGUAUACGGGAUUGCUAUGUUGUGGUUUAUGGCGGGGUCGGUAGUUAGUGCGAAGUUCUUUUCUGAAGAGGAGAAAAUGCUGGCGGUUGAAAGGUUGAGGGAUAAUCAUCAGGGAGUGGGAUCAACGCAGUAUAAGAAGUACCAGUUGGUGGAGGCUUGGACUGAUUAUAGGACCUGGAUGUACGUCGUUUUCGUUCUGACAUCUCAGAUUCCGAGUGCCGGCUUAGUCCUCCUGUCAUCAAUUCUCAUCAAAUCCCUCGGCUUCGACACCAAAACCACCCUGCUUCUCGCCAUGCCGCAAGGAGCUAUUACCAUCUUAUCUAACGCUGGAUUUGGCUACUUGGCUGAUAGAACGAAGUACCGCAGUGGAUCCGCGAUCCUAGUCAGUCUACUGGCUCUCUUCGCCGUCAGUCUCUUCACCGGCUUGGGAAGCGUCUCUCCAUUAUACGAUCGAAAUGGUCAGCUAGUAGCCUAUUUCAUCAUGAGUGGCUGUAGUGCUGCCUCGUGGUUCAUUGUCAUCUCCAUGAUAUCUUCGAAUGUCCUUGGGACGACCAAGAAAGCUUCUUCGAACUCGAUCAUUUUUGCAGCUCAAGGACUGGCGUACUUCAUUGGACCACAGACUUUUCGCGAUGGACCGUAUUAUCGUAAAGCGAAGAUUGUGACGAUAAUCCUCUGGAUUGCAUCAAUUGUUAUGCUGUCAGGGUUUUGGGUGGUGAACUGGCUGGAGAACAGGAAGAGGGAUCAUGCUGCAGAAGCAGGUGAGAUUCCUAAUGAUGGAGUCUUGAAUGCUGAGUUCAUGGAUUUGACGGAUAAGGAGAAUAAGGGAUUCCGUUAUGUGCUUUGAGAGGAGCUUCACGUGACUAGUUUCUCACAGGAGCCUUCAAACUUCAGUUCAAUGAGCGCUGAGAAGCAGGCGGAUAGAAGCAGUAGCAAUAUUGAUAACAAGAG